UUUAACGCAUCAAUAGAAUGUAAUGGUAAAUGGUUUCUAAUGAUCUUUGAGAUUACUCAUCUCUUCGUAUUCGAAUUUAUUGAUUGUUUUUUGAUUUACUUCAGAGCCCCAACCUGCAGAGGAGAUACCAGAUCUUCUCUUUGAGGAGGAUGAAGAAGAUCCUUCGGUUGUAUUGGAACCUCCAAUAUCUUUCUCUUCAUCUACUCCAAUUGACGUAAACCAGGGGUCGUCUGGUACGUUAUGUUUCAUUUUUUUUCAAUAUGCACAUUUUCUGUUUUCUUUUCAUGGAGCGCUAAAACCUACUGCUUUCAAAAUAUUGAGCAGAUGAAGGUGUCAUCAUUUCCACCUAUUUUUGCAAUUCUUUCAGAUCCAUCAGAGAAGCCGAAGCAGGAACUGCCUGUUUAUAAGGAAGAGGCAAGCGCAUGGAAUAACAAUGUCAUUCAAGAAAAAGAAAAGUCAUUGUCAAUCAAUUACUGGAAUAUUCCAACAUCAAUCAAACUUGUGCCACAAGGUGACGAAGGUUCAUCGGAACAAUUCGCAGGUGGCUCUCUCGAGAAGCAAUAUCCGUCAGGUAUUAUCAGAAGCCAUUUUAUGUUUAGUCUAUCAAAGAAAUUUCGACUCUCGAAUUGUAUCCUCUGAAAGGCAAAAUUACUAAAAUGUAAACAAAACUCCUGAUUGGCUGAAACAGUUCCCCUUACUAGAGUUAUGAUAUAGAUAUUUGCUCGCUUGGACUCUUCAAUUUGACUUUCAUGAUAAAUCGACGCUAUAACCAUUAGUUAAAUAUAUAUUUAAAGAGAAAACAGUUGGUUCAAUCGGUCUAGAGUAUUUCUAUUUAGCAUGAAAAUUUAAGCAGAAAACGAGAAAGGAAAUCUUGACUAUGGUCUCACUCUGUUUGCAGGGAAUAACGCUGCUUCAUCGAAGAAACUCGGUCCCUACUACAAUGUGGUACUAUCCAGAACUGGUAUUUCUGUGUAUGAUGAAGAAGCUGAAAAGCUUAAAACAAACUGCAACCAAUUUGUGAAAUUGCUUGAGGAAAUCGAAUGUUCUUUCAACUAUUUUGACGAUGGAUUCAAACGAAUAGAAUCGCGGCUGCAUGGUGCAGGAAAGCAGCGAAUGGAAAAGGAAGAUGUCGUCCAUGAAAACAAACGGCUGGCUUUAUUGAACGAAGAGCUCUGUAAAAAAGUGGAAGUUUUAAGCAAGCAACUUGAACAGGAAGUCAACAUGCAGAAAGGUAUGAGAGAAUAUCAAUUUAACCUGGAGACCGACAAUGACCAGCUUCGUUUGCAAGCCGAUAAGCUUAUGAAGGAUAAAAACAAAGACGAAGUUUUACUUGGGCUUCUCGAAAAAGAAAAUGAGGAGCUAUUGGUCAAGUCUUUCAGAUUAAAUGAAUUGGAAAUUCAAGAGAAGAAAACACAAGAAGAGAUGGAAAAAUGUUUGACUGAGCUUUCAAAGAUCGAAGACAUUGUCAAGCAAAAGGAUGAGGAGAGAACACAUCUAGAAGAAGGAAUAUUUCAGCUACAAAAGAAGUGGGAAACAGAACACUCAAGGCUAUUGGAGGCACAAGAAGAAAAUGACAGUUUAAUAUCUAAAAUUUCCGAUUAUCGCGUCAAGUUGGAUCACCUUGAAAGAGAACAUCAACUGACUCAAGAGGUGUCCAAAGAGCAACGUGGAACAAUUUCGUCUUUAAACUUAAGAAAAGCUGAUCUUUCAGUUGAGAUUGAUAGUUUGAAAUUUCGUCUAAGAAGCUUUGUGAAUUUGGAAGAGCAGAAUGAGUCGCUAAAUGAAGAGCUACGAAAAGCAAAGAACAAUUUACGUGCAAUGGAGAAUGUGUACACGGUUUCAAUGGCCGAUGCGAUAAAGUUUCGCGGCAAAUAUGAUGAGGCAUGUUAUGAGCUUGAAGGGCUCCAAGCAACGAUUGAUUUGCUAUCGACUGAGAAAAAGGAACUGAGUGAAAAAUGUGACAGAUUGGAAAAUGCAAUGACUAGAGAAUUGUUUGAGCAUGAAGGAACUUUGAAAAGUACUGACGGGAAAACCAAGGCACUUGAAUCAAACUUGAAUUUGAAAAAUGUGCCAGAAGAUAGCAGCUUUUGGGGAAAUGAAGCCAAGAGAAGCGAAGAUUAUAAAACUAAUUUUGAUUAAGGACCAAAAAUUGAACCAAACAAAAUUGACCAUUUCAUAAUGGUGGUAGUAGCUUAAUUUGGUAUGACUAAACUAAAAAUGUAAAAAGCAAAUUGAUUUAUUUAAUGAACAUUGUUGAACAAAUAGAGUCAACAGUAUUGUGAUAAUAUGAAUUUUGUAGUAGAGAAAAUCAUGGCAUAUGAGGGUUUAUCUAUAUUUUCUAUGCCUGUGUAUUUGUUCAGAGUAUUCUUGAAGGCAAAAAACGGAAUUGAUAAACAGAAACUUUCUAUCAUUAUGGCCAAAGAUUCUUUUGGUUGGGUGUUGACAUAUCUACUUGUGGCUGAAAAAGAAAUUAAGAUGAUAUUUUUCAUUUAUAAUACGGGUGGCUUCAUUUAUAAUAUCAUCUUGAAAAGACAGUAUUUGACAAUCUCAUCAAGGUUAGGCCUAUCUGUGCAAUGAUUGAUGACUGCCAACCAAAGCAGAAAGUAAGGAUUUCCCAA